GCCUGGAUGUAGAUGAACGUAGAGGGCUAAUGUGGCAGUUUGACUGAGUCGUCGCGUCUACGUCUCCGGCAGCGAAACACCAAUUUCGUGCUUUUUUGCGUUAACUUGGUAGGACUAUAUUUGGGAACAGCCUAAAGUUCAAUUUGAAAUUAUGGUGGUGAUGAAGCAGAGAGCAUGAAUGUAAUUAUUAAGCAAGAUACUGAUGGCUGGGAAGAUCUCUCGGAUACAGAAGAAGGAAAUGGUGCUGAUCUGACAUGUAAACAAGAACAAGGUCAAACCGUCACCUUCAGAUCAGAAGAAGGUAGAGUCAUAAUGGACAAGGAAACAGACCAGGACAAUCAUUUUGUACAAGGUCAGACCAUAACAAUCAAACAUGAGGUAGAUGAAAACAUGACCAACCCUGAUACAGCUCAAGACCAAUGGACCACACAAGGUUCAACCUUCACCAUCAAACAGGAAGUAGAUGAAGACAUGACCAACCCUGAUACAGCUCAAGACCAAUGGAAUACACAAGAUAAAGAUCUUUUGGAUGGAGAGGACAUGAGACAAUCAUCCAUGACAGAAUGCAGUGAAGAUGAGUCCCAUCCGUGUUUACAAUGCAAUAAGACAUUUACAGAUGAGAAUUCUUUAGUUCUACAUCAUAAAACACACUCUAGGGAAGUUGAGUUUUCUAGUCAUGCUUGGACAGAGAUUGGAGACAGAUGCUUCAAGUGCCCCCAUUGUCAUAAGAAUUUUGAAUGUAGGGAUACUCUUAUGACCCAUGUGAGCACACACACUGGAGAAGAAUCUUAUAGUUCUCAUUGUGAUAAGGGAUCAUCUCAAAAGAGUUAUCUUACCCAUCAUAUAAGAACACAUGCAGGAAAAAAAACCUUUAUCUGCUCUCAUUGUGAGAAGCGAUUUUCUCAAAAGAGCGAUCUUACCAAUCAUAUAAGAAUACACACAGGAGAAAAACCUUAUCAGUGCUCUCAUUGUGAGAAGAGAUUUUCUCAAAAGAGCGAUCUUACCCGUCAUAUAAGAAUACACACAGGAGAAAAACCUUAUCAGUGCUCUCAUUGUGAGAAGGGAUUUUCUCAAAAGAGCGAUCUUACCCGUCAUAUAAGAAUACACACAGGAGAAAAACCUUAUCAGUGCUCUCAUUGUGAGAAGAGAUUUUCUCAAAAGAGCGAUCUUACCCGUCAUAUAAGAAUACACACAGGAAAAAAACCUUAUCAGUGCUCUCAUUGUGAGAAGAGAUUUUCUGACAAGAACAAUCUUACAAUUCAUAUUAGAACUCAUACUGGAGAAAAACCCUAUAUUUGCUCUCAUUGUGGGAAGGGAUUUUCUCAAAAGAGUGAAGUUACACGUCAUAUAAGAACACAUACAGGAGAAAAACCAUUUACUUGCUCUCAAUGUCACAAGACAUUUUCUAACAAGAGCACUUUUACAAUUCAUGUAAGAACACAUACAGGAGAAAAUCCCUACAUUUGCUCUCAUUGUGAGAAGAAAUUUACUAAAAAGAAUGAUCUUACCUGUCAUAUUAGAACACAUACUGGAUCAAAACCCUAUAUUUGCUCUCAUUGUGAGAAGAGAUUUACUGAAAGGUCCACUCUUACCCGUCAUAUAAGAACACACACAGGAGAAAAACCUUAUCAUUGCUCUCAUUGUGAGAAGAGAUUUUCUGACAAGACCAAUCUUACAAAUCAUAUUAGAACACAUACUGGAGAAAAACCCCAUAUUUGCUCUCUUUGUGAAAGAGGAUUUUCUCAAAAGGGCGAUCUUACCCGUCAUAUGAGCACACACACUGGAGAGAAAUUUUAUCGUUGCUCUUAUUGUGAGAAGAGAUUUUCUAAAAAGAAUGAUCUUACCUGUCAUAUUAGAACACAUACUGGAUCAAAACCCUAUAUUUGCUCUCAUUGUGAGAAGAGAUUUACUGACAAGUCUACUCUUACCCGUCAUAUAAGAACACACACAGGAGAAAAACCUUAUCAUUGCUCUUAUUGUGACAAGAGAUUUUCAGACAAGGUCAAUCUUACAAAUCAUAUCAGAACACACACUGGAGAAAAACCCUAUAUUUGCUCUCAUUGUGACAAGAGAUUUUUUGACAAGGCUGUUCUUACAAAUCAUAUUAGAACACAUACUGGAGAAAAGCCAUAUAUUUGCUCUCAUUGUGAUCAGAGAUUUUCUAAAAAGAGUCUUCUUUCCCGUCAUAUAAGAACACACACAGGAGAAAAACCUUAUCGUUGCUCUCAUUGUGACAAGAGAUUUUCUCAAAAGAGCGAUCUUACCCGUCAUAUAAGAAUACACACAGGAGAAAAACCUUAUCAGUGCUCUCAUUGUGAGAAGAGAUUUUCUGACAAGAACAAUCUUACAAUUCAUAUUAGAACUCAUACUGGAGAAAAACCCUAUAUUUGCUCUCAUUGUGGGAAGGGAUUUUCUCAAAAGAGUGAAGUUACACGUCAUAUAAGAACACAUACAGGAGAAAAACCAUUUACUUGCUCUCAAUGUCACAAGACAUUUUCUAACAAGAGCACUUUUACAAUUCAUAUAAGAACACACACAGGAGAAAAACCUUAUCAUUGCUCUUAUUGUGAGAAGAGAUUUUCAGACAAGGUCAAUCUUACAAAUCAUAUCAGAACACACACUGGAGAAAAACCCUAUAUUUGCUCUCAUUGUGAUCAGAGAUUUUCUAAAAAGAGUCUUCUUUCCCAUCAUAUAAGAACAUACACAGGAGAAAAACCUUAUCGUUGCUCUCAUUGUGACAAGAGAUUUUUUGACAAGGCUGUUCUUACAAAUCAUAUUAGAACACAUACUAGAGAAAAGCCAUAUAUUUGCUCUCAUUGUGAGAAGAAAUUUACUAAAAAGAGUCAUCUUACCUGUCAUAUUAGAACACACACAGGAGAAAAACCUUAUCGUUGCUCUCAUUGUGAAAGAGGAUUUUCUCAAAAGGGCGAUCUUACCCGUCAUAUAAGAACACACAGGAGAAAAACCUAAUCGUUGCUCUCAUUGUGUUACGAUACUGCAACAAAUAACAAGCAAAUUUG